AUGGGUCGAGUACGGGUGGGGGAAGGGAGGAAGGAAGACCAGACACCUUGGAGCUCCCCGGAGCCCGCUGGAGCCGCGCCCAACCGCAGCUGGCAGCCCCGGGCACGGCCCCCGAGAACCCGCGGGGAUUACCCCGGGCGCGGAGCCACAGUGACCCAGGUUGCGCUCCGUUUGGCAACGGCGGUGGCGCGCGGGGCGAGUCCUUUGGCACCUGGCUGGCGCCGGGGUACGGGGCGCACGCCCCUGACACGCCCUCUCGGGUGCGGGGACGCUCGGGUACUGAACUUAGUUGUUGAGGGCUCCUGGCCGAGUGCGCACGACAGGUCUCUUCGGGUCUCGGGAAUAAGCUGCCCGGCCGGGUGCGCCUGCACCGACCCGCACACCGUGGACUGCCGCGACCGCGGGCUGCCCAGCGUGCCGGACACCUUCCCGCUGGACGUGCGCAAGCUGCUGGUGGCCGGCAACCGCAUCCAGCGCAUCCCCGAGGACUUCUUCAUCUUCUACGGCGACCUGGUCUACCUGGACUUGAGGAACAACUCGCUGCGCUCGCUGGAGGAGGGCACGUUCAGCGGCUCGGCCAAGCUCGCCUUCCUCGACCUCAGCUACAACAACCUGACCCAGCUGGGCGCCGGCGCCUUCCGCUCGGCGGGGAGGCUGGUCAAGCUGAGCCUGGCCAACAACCACCUGGCCGGCGUGCACGAGGCCGCCUUCGAGACCCUGGAGUCGCUGCAGGUGCUGGAGCUCAACGACAACAACCUGCGCAGCCUCAACGUGGCCGCCCUGGCUGCGCUGCCGGCGCUGCGCACCCUGCGCCUGGACGGGAACCCCUGGCUCUGCGACUGCGACUUCGCCCACCUCUUCUCCUGGAUCCAGGAGAACGCGUCCAAGCUGCCCAAAGGCCUCGACAAAAUCCAGUGCUCCCUGCCCCUGGAGAACAGGAGGGUGUUCCUGCACGAGCUGUCGGAGGCCAGCUUCAACGAGUGCAAGUUCAACCUCUCGCUUACGGACCUGUUCAUCAUCAUCUUCUCCGGUGUGGCCGUGUCCAUCGCUGCCAUCAUCUCCAGCUUUUUUCUGGCAACCGUGGUGCAGUGCUUCCAGCGGUGCACCCCCAACAAAGACGCCGAGGAGGAGGAGGAGGAUGAAGACGACUGA